GGCGCGGCGCGCUGGUAUGCCGAGUUGCCGACUGUGAUGUCGACCGUGGCCCCGCACGGCACGACGGACGCGGUGACCAGCGCGGUUCGACAUGUUCCAUCGGCGAUGCGGUCGCCGUGUCACCCUCAGCAACAACAACUGCACCGCCACGCGCAACCUGUCCGAGUUCGAGGACGGCCUGGUGUUCAGCGCGAAGCCGCUCCAGGAUGACGAGCUGUUCGAGAUCAUCAUCGACAAGAAGAUGAUACCAUGGAGCGGCAAUGUGGAAAUUGGAGUAACGGAGUGCGAUCCGGAGACCAUGGAAAUACCAUCAAGUGCCAUAAACCUGCGUCAUGGGUCCUGGAUUAUGAGCGGCUCUUGCAUAUUUUACGACGGAGUCCAGAUCGUAGAGAUGUACGCUAUGGAUCUCAACGAUCUGGGCCAGGGGAGCACCUUAGGAGUAAUGCGGACGUCCAAUCAUGAGCUGGUAUUCCACAUCAAUGGCGUAUCGCAGGGCGUUGCCGUCAGCAACAUUCCGGAGCGUGUUUUUGCCGUUGUAGACGUGUACGGCGACUGUUCGCAAGUCAGCAUAGCUCCUCCCAGGCUUCCCGAUACGCAUAAUAGUGCACCGAAAGAAAGUGAAGCCGAGAUCAAUAACGAUUUUGCUAUGGGGGAAACCUCGAGUUCCUCAACAGCGAGUCUAGUCACUAACUUAAACGUUAAUUUAAGCGUCAAUGUAAAUGUUAAUCUACCGAAAAACCCAACCCCCGCUGCCAUACGGCAAGAUAGACUGAGGUUUCAUGAGAGAGGAGGCUCAUUGGUCAAACUGUCCAACAACGCCAGGACCGCCGAGAGGCGGAGGCCGCUCGAUGAAUUUAACAACGGUGUUGUGAUGACCCAUAGACAGCUACGAGAUAAUGAAUUAUUCGAAAUACGAAUAGACAGGCUGCUUGCCAAGUGGUCGGGGAGCAUAGAAGUUGGCGUUACCACUCACAGCCCUACAGCACUAGAAUUUCCGGCGACGAUGACCAAUAUGCGCUCCGGCACGACGAUGAUGUCCGGCUGUGGUAUCCUAACAAACGGCAAAGGCACGCAACGGGAGUACGGAGAAUUUAACUUGGACGAAUUGCGGGUGGGCGACCGUGUAGGGAUGAUUCGGCAGACUAAUGGAGAUCUCCACUACAUAAUAAAUGGGUUGGACCAAGGUGUUGCUGCUAAAAUACCCGCCGGCGUAUGGGGUGUGAUAGAUCUUUACGGAAUGACUGUUAAAGUGACUAUUGUCGAUCGUGACGAGAGAGAGGAGCAAAAUCUCGUUACUAGGAGGAACACCAUGCAGCUGCAAGGUCUAGACAAUGAAGAACCUGGAGAGGAAGAGCCUGAUAGACUGAUGUUUCAUCCCUGUUGUGGCACACACGCUGAUGUGAUCAACAAUGGACGUACAGCGCAUAGACCCAACGCCAUAGAUGAUUUUAACAACGGCGUCGUGUUAACUUCAAGACCGUUGAAGCCCAACGAGCUGUUCGAGGUGAGGCUGGACAAAAUGGUCACGAAGUGGGCUGGCUCUAUCGAGAUUGGCGUUACCACACAUUCCCCGACGGAACUGGAAUUCCCCUUUACCAUGACGAACGUUAGAUCCGGCACAUGGAUGAUGACGGGGAACGGUGUCAUGCACAACGGCACCACCAUGAUUGAUCAGUACGGCCAGAAUCUGGAUCGGCUGCAGAUUGGCGAUCGCGUGGGCGUAAUGAGGAAAGACAAUGCGACGCUGCACUUCUACGUGAACGGCGCCGAUCAAGGGGUAGCUGCGAUGAACGUACCCGAGAAGGUUUACGGCGUGAUUGAUCUCUAUGGACAGGCCGCCCAAGCCACUAUAGUUGACAAUGUAGACUUUUAUAGCCCGACCACGAACAAUUCAAGUUUUAGCAACACAACAUUGUACAGCGAUCUGAGAUUUCAUCAUGUUCACGGGAAAAACGCGAGGAUCACGAAUAACGGCUUAACGGCGUCCAGGCCGCGAGCUCUCGGAGAGUUCAACGAAGCUAUCGUGAUUGCGAAUCGUGCGCUACGCGACGGUGAGAUGUUCGAGGUGGUGAUAGAUAAAAUGGUCUCCAGAUGGUCGGGUGCUAUUGAAGCAGGAGUGACUGUGAUAAAACCUGACGAGUUGGAAUUUCCGUCAACCAUGACGGACAUCGAUCACGACACGUGGAUGCUGUCCGGGUCGACGGUGAUGCGUGACGGAGUAACAGUACGUAAUAAUUAUGCCUGCGACCUGGAUAAAUUGAUGGAGGGCAAUCGGAUCGGAAUGAUGCGUUGUGCCGAUUCUUCGUUGCACUACUUCUUGGAUGGGGUGGAUCAGGGGCCUGCCUGCACGGAUUUACCGUCAAACGUUUAUCCAGUGAUCGAUCUGUAUGGCCAAUGUGCACAGGUGACAAUCGUGCUGCCGGAGCGCAGGGAUGCCCUGACGCAACAGUAUUUGCCAUCGGAGAACAGCAUCAGUCAACAGCCGACGUCGGUGAUCCAACCUCAAGUGCAAACGGAGAUCUUGCACAAGUUCCACGAGUCGGUCGGACUGAAUAUUCAACUAAACACUGAUAGAACGGUGGCGGCCAGGUGUCGGGAGUACAACAAUGCCGUGCUGCUGAGCGAGGACGCGCUGGAGAAUAACGAGCUGUUCGAGAUCGCUAUUCAGGAAGUGGCCCGCGAGUGGAGCGGCUGCUUGAAGAUUGGUGUCCUGAGCAACGAGACGGGCAACUGGCUGACUAUGAUGAAUCUCGUGCCUGGCAUGACGUCAAUUCCCAGCGACGCUUGGUACCUGACGGGCAAUGAGGUGAGACAUAUCGGUUACGCGUUGGCCACUAACUACUGCACGAGUCUGGAUUGGUUGCGGGUGGGCGACAAGAUUGGCGUGAGGCGCACCCACGAGGGCAACCUAAAGUUCUACGUGAACGGUGAGGAUAUGGGCGUAGCGGCGUCCGACGUGCCGGAGAUGGUGUACGCGGUGAUAGAGCUCUUCGGCAGUACCGUGGCUGUGAACAUCACCAGCAGUAAGCAGCAGAAUCCCGCAAUAUCUCCCAAUGCUAGUUUGAGGCUGCAAGAUUCCCUGGAGCUCCUGCUGGAUCCAGUCCCGCCGAGAAACGACGCAGGAAUGGACACGUCUAUCGACGUGUCGGAGGGGAAGCUGAUGAACGAGGCGACGCUCACGCCGACACAGCCCCCCCUCGCCACCGUGGUCGUCGAUGGAGAUUGCAACUACGAGUUCCAUGAGAAUCAUGGCAGAAACAUUCAACUGGACACAAAGACGAUCGCCAGGCGGGUGGCUAGUUAUAACCAGGGUGUAGUGAUGUCUAGUCGCCCGUUGAUAAAGGGCAAGCCGUUCCAAGUGAGAAUAGAGAAGCUGAACGAACGCUGGGUAUCGAAUAUUCUCUGCGGUGUUUCCUGCAUAUCGCCGGAGAAGCAGGCGAGUUUCCCUCUGACAGCACUGGCCUUCAAGAGGCACUCGUGGAUCAUCUGCAGCGAUUGGAUAUUCCAAAAUGGUACAAGAGUGAAAACAAGAUACGGUGCUGACCUGGAGAAUCUUCAGUACAACUCUACCGUGAGUUUACUCAUUGACGAGGACAGCCGACUGCAUUUGUUCAUCAACGGCGUGGACCAAGGCGUGGCCGCGACCGAUUUGCCACCGUACGUAUUCGCGGUGAUCGACUUGUACGGCCAAUGCGAGCAAGUAUCCAUCGUGCGGGUGAACGAAGAGUCCUCUUACACCAAUGUCGCCAUUGAUAAUGCGCUCGUCGCGCCUAUUGAACAAUGUGCGAGCGCGGAAGCGGAGGAUGUGGAGAACUCGCGAGAGAAAGCCGACUUGGAGUGUCACGAAAAGGAGAACGCGAUGGCAACCGUUUCGUCGGAUCUCUCUCCGUCUUCGACGUCCCCGAGCGUGCCGAGCCAAUGCAGUUCGAAUACCAGAGACGGUAAUCUCGUCGAGUACUCGUCUUACUCCAGCAACAACAGCGCGAAUCUGACGAACGGUAUAGGGAACAAGGCAUCGAGCAUCGACAGUAAUAAUUCAGAUUCGGAGUCGGAGUUGAGCAACGACGCGCGAAGCGCCAAGAACAGACUGUACUUGGACAAAGCGGCACCACCGUCGAACAAUCAACCCGAGAACAACCUCGAGAGCGAAUCUAAUCUCGACGUGGAAAAUCGUGCUCUCGCGAGCGUCUUAAGUAUUAGGAACGAGUGUACAAAUGUAGAGAUUAACAAUGCGACGAACAUUAAUAUACAGAAAGGCAUGGUGGCCAGCGCCAGUAACAUGACCAGUCUGAACGCGGCGAUCACCGCGUCGAACGCCAACAACGCGAUUAACGAAAGCAUAGCGUCCAAUAGUCAGGCAAAUAAUGUAAGCAGCGCUCAGCAGAACAAUUUGUCCGCGAACAACAUGACCGCGGGCGCGGGUGCGGAUCUUCCUAACAACGCCUGCUCCGGCUUCCACGAGUCACGGUCCUACGCUGCCCGGGAGAACGUCGCGCCGAUCCGCGACAACUCCUUCAACGGCAAUGUACUUCCGAGCCAGAACACGACGGCGAAUCUACGAGACGCCGUGUACAAUGCGUCCUCCGUGUCACUGAUGCCGUCAUUGUUGCCGUCCACUCCUCUCGGUCCCCCGGUGGUCGCGUCGUCGCGCAAAUGCGACUACUUGAAAGCAUGCAUGCAGCUGAAGAAGUCGCUCGUUCUGCCGGACGAGUUCUUUUCCACUGAUGAGAUGCUGUGCUACUGCAGCACGUGUUAUAAGUUGGACGGUGAUAACGCGACGUGCAAGAAGGGCGAGCCGCCAGCAGAAUUCGCGAUACCGGUCGGCUGGGUGAGGUUCCCGUUGAAACAGAACAUCAACGCCAAUCAGAUCCCGCAGAGCACGACGGACAAGUGGCACGUCGCGUUCUAUGGUAUACGCCUCGACGCGAUAAGAUUGAUCCUGGAUAGAGGAGAACUAAUGACCAAAGAGCAACUAGACGUGAGCAACUUGACAGCGGGUACAAAGAGCGAGGAUCAAAAUCCGCAGGUGUCGUUUUCGCCCAGCAUCAAGUACGCGGCGUCCGAUGAAUUUACCAGAAAAUAUCCGUAUAUCGACACGCAGUCGAAUAAGAAACUGAACGCUUCAACCGCGUUUCAACUGCUAGUGAGACCCGGUUCGUAUACGAUCAGUCCCGGUGACAAGGAUGGCACCGAUCUCCACUGCGAGUCCAGCAAGUGGGCCACCAAAGAGGCUGGCGCCACGGUGAUCGUUGCUCUGCUCGUUCAUCUGGACGGAUUUUAAGUCUGUACCGUUGUUUCAAAAGUGUUUUCAAUGAACUCAGUUUCCUCAUCACGUCUGCCUGCGUGCGAAGCAUGUGCGAGUCUUCAAUAACAGACCGUGAGUGAUUGUACAUACGACGUGUCGAUCAUUUAACGCAACUGUGGUAAGAGACACUCGAGAUUGAUGUUUCAAUUCCGUCGAAAUUCCGCGUUGUAUAUUUAUGUUAGGCUCCGCGCAAGUUUCCCGAUAUCCGUUUAGCUGUUUAAGGACUUCCGUGAGGACCGUCAGAAUUCCACCGUUACCUUGCGUGCUUAGGCAUUAUAUUAAUCGAGGGUUUUAGUUACCUUUUAACGUUCACUGUGUACAAUAUACAAGUAACUCUCUGUGUAAUAGUAUUAGUUUAUUUAUGUAAAAAAACAUUCACGCGGACUGUAAGCAGAAAGAUUCUUGGGGAGGAUUCGCUGGGUAGCAAUGAGAAUUCUGUGACGCACUGACAAAGAAUUUCAUUAGUGGAUAAGUUUAAAUGUUUUCAAAACGUACGCGUGUCACGCAUAUUCGUCGCUAGGACUGGCCUAGGUUGAUGCUCACGAAAACUCAAUAGCGUAUUAUGAAUAUUACGUCACGGCGACGAUUCUGAUUCUGUUGUCUGUGCGAAGAGAACGCAGUAUUUUCGACGCCCGCGCUUCACGCCUAAUCAAUAUACCAAAUCUCUAGAUCUAGAUAUUAUAUUAGCGAGUAAAUCUCACGAGACACGACGCAAUUUUUUUAACGCACUUCCACGCGCAAUACUGAUAGAAAGAAACCGUGUAAUAAAUAUGUCUAUGUUGUAGAAAUAAACGACGCAAAUGCAGCUCGCAUUACCACCGA